UAGUUCAACCAAUCGUCACCGAUUCCGGACGUCUGCUGUUGUAAGAGGAAAAUUUGUUUUCUGCUCAUUCUUGACAGCCCACUUGAAACCGGGCUUCAGAUUAAAGUUAAUGUAGCAAACUAGACAUUUAGCCCCGCACGUCGACGCUACAAAGUCUGAUUGGGAUGUUAUCAUGGAGGAAGACAAUCAUCAUGACGGAGAGGCACAAGGAGUGAAGAUCUGUGAUCCCCCGUCUGGGAGCAAUCCAUCUGCUGACAAUUUGGCGACAUCUCUGUCCCUCCUGGGGAAUCACAUGUUUCCCGAUCAAGUGGUGAGAAGUGAUUCUGGCAUCAUUAAAAGAGACCGGGAUGAAAAUGUGCAUCUGUCAGAUGCUACAGCAGAGGAACCCAGUCAGGAUCCAGAACCUCCUUCUGACCCAGAGCCAAAGGUAGAGACUGACGAUACACAAAACCCUGAGUGUGAGAAGGAGUCCGCACAGCUGACCGACGGAGGGACUGAGGGGGCUGCGAUGGACAAUGGCCAGAGCGACUCCGGGGAGUUUGUUGUUACAGUGCUGGCCAAAGCCAAGCUGGAGGAGCAAGGCCUAGGUGUAAAGGGGAGAUCUUCCCCCCUGUUGGAGGCGGGCAUCCAGGAAUCUCCUGCAUUCAUAUCUCAUCGUGAUGAGGAUGUCACAGCUGACAGCUGGCGGCAGCACAGGAAGCAUGUUUUUGUACUCAGCGAAGCCGGCAAGCCCAUUUAUUCCCGAUAUGGCAGCGAAGAGGCACUUUCAUCAACAAUGGGAGUCAUGAUGGCACUGGUGUCUUUUGUCCAAAGUAGUGAUAAUAUCAUCCGUUCAGUGUAUUCAGAUGGACACACUGUGGUGUUCCUGCAGAAAGGGCCCCUGGUGCUGGUGUGCGUGUCCAGCAGCCGCCAGUCGGAGCAGCAGCUGCGUGGAGAGCUGCUCUAUGUGUAUUAUCAGAUUAUCAGUAUGCUCACCCAGGCCAGCAUUUCCCGCAUCUUCGAACACAAGAAGAACUACGACCUCAGAAGACUCCUGGCGGGCUCCGAAAAGAUCCUGGACGGCCUUCUCAACCUGGUGGAUUCGGACCCCAGCUUCCUGCUGGCCGCAGUGCACUGCCUGCCUCUGACCUCCUCUCUCAGGGACUCUCUCAGUCAGAUCCUACAGAAAGCUAUCACGCCCAAUCUGGUUUUCUCCAUCCUCAUCGCUAAGAACCAGCUGCUAACCAUCAUUCAGGAGAAGACGGUCAUCGAGGACACGAGGCUGGAGCCGGCCGACGUCCACCUUCUGCUCAACCUCAUCGGAGCGUCCUCAGCCUUUCAGGCUGGGGAGAUCUGGACUCCCAUCUGCCUCCCGCUCUUCAACCCUGACUGUUACUUUUAUGCAUACAUUUCUUACCUGGACCCUCCGGAGUGCACUGUGUGUUUGCUGCUGCUCUCGACAGACAAGGAGGCUUUCUACGCCGUGGCUGAAUGCAAGAGGAAGAUAGAGGAGGCCAUGGUGGCCCAGAACUCCCUGAGCCUCAUAGCCAAAGCCCAGUCCUACAGCGUGAGCCAGGUUGGCGUCUCAGACCUCAGACACUUCAUGUACAAGCCCUUUGACGUGCCGGACAACUACCGGCAGCUCACUCAGUUCACCAGCCCAGAGAUGGAGGCUCCAUACAGCAGUGAGGAGGAGAAAAUGCGACUCCUGGAUCUUUAUCGCUACAUGCACAGCCGCAUCCAUAGCACCUCACGACCCCUCAAGCUCAUCUACCACGUUGCUGAGAGGGAAACUCUGCUGGCUUGGGUGACCAGUAAAUUUGAGCUGUACACCUGCUUCAGCCCCCUGGUGACAAAGACUUGUGCCAUUACUGCCAUCACUAAGCUUUUGAGAUGGAUUAAGAAGGAGGAGGACCGUCUCUUCAUUAGAUACCCCGCUAAGUAUUCAACUACUCCAAACCCCAGCAAAAGCUCUAAAGGGGGCAAAUCUGACCAGCAGGACUCCACGGAUAAUGGUUUCUUAUCUCUUCUAUAGAACUCCGAUAGCAUUAAAAUAGCUCUGCCUCAUUCAACACUAGUUUGUACACUGGUCCCAAGACAUUUUUAAACCUUCUUUGGAUCCUUGCUGGACUUGGCAGACACUGACUACAAGAAUUGAGCAGUAUCUUUUACACUACUUAAGGAGGACGGCUCUCCAGGACUAUUCCUUUACCUAAAAAAACGAGAGCAUGCCAUUGCAUCUGUGCUUUCACUCAGAAAGGGUCAGGGCAGAGCUGCAUUAGCACAUUUUAAUUUGAACUAUGGUAGGAAACAGUGACAUGAUAUUUAAAUGUUUUUAUAUUGUUUUAUUACAGCAACAUGAGCUAUUUCUGUUCUCUCACGGACAGUGAAUGUAUCACGCAUACAGGUAGUCAAUACGCCACAACUAUUUAUUGUUUGUUGUGUCAGUUAAUAGGAGAACACUUUAGUACUACCUUUUUCAACACUAGUUCACAGACGUUUCUUUUCUUCUUCGGAAAAGAAACCCUACUGUUUAAAACAGAAUCUUAGGAGGAACAAAAGUCUUUUCUGUAGAAGCGGCCCAAAACUGGAAAACCAACUACUGGAGCUGUCAAAAGGAAGAGGCCUGUACGAAUGAGCGAAGCCACCCCCGCAAAGAAAUGUGGAAACAUGACGUUUCAUAUUGUACUGACAUUUCUACUCAAAUGACGACGUGGUCACGGGUUUUAUUCAUGUUACAUUUCCUGAAAAAAAGAAAGAAUCUCAUCCCGGUCAUCGUUCAUGUUAAUGUUUUCUGUGUAAGAUGUCUUUCUUGAGAAGAUUCUUCAGAUAAAAAGAUGCUGCUGAGCUCAUGAAGUGUUUUUCUGCAAAAUCAUCUCAGCCAACGAAGUGAGUACAGGGGACUUUGGAGUUUUGAAUAAUAGUUUUCUAAAUAUGGUCUAUAUAGGGUAGCCUUAUCUUUAUCCCCUCUGAUGGAUUCCCUUUCAGUUCAAGUCCUACAGUGUCUCUGUGGUAAUAUCAAAUAAACCCCAGAUUGCACAAUUACAGCUACAGCUCUCCUAAUUUGAUGGUGUUUCUGUCAGAAAUAAAAAACAUGAACACCUUAUUUGGCGAUUGUAUUUUUAUAUUUGCUAGGCUGAAGAAACUAAUGUUUUAGAAAAAACAGAAGUGCAAACAUUUGAUUGGGACUUCCACUUUACGGAACAACUCCUGUCCCACCAGCUCCGUGUAGAUAAUCAGCUUCUCCUCAAAGUGUGCACACAUACUGUUGAUCGAAGUAUUGAUUUUUGUUUCCGUUCUUGGGCGUCCCAGUUUCACACUAAAGACCUAGUUCGAGUUCCACCCUCAGAGGAAAAGAAAAACUUUAAGUACUCCAUGCAAGAGGCAUUAAUAUGGCUUUUAAUAGUAACAGGUCAAAUCAAUAUUUCUUCGUCUCGGUGAUUUUCAAAGGACACAUGCCUAAAUUAUAGUACCACAUUAGUAAUUGACACAUUAUCCACAAUAUGUCCCACUGCAACUCCCAUUUAAAAAAGGUAGCAUUAGGUACGGUUUUUUAUUUGGAAGUUUGAGCUUUCAUUGACCUCUUAAACAGUCACUGGUGGGUUUUUUUCUGUGUUUGGUGACUCAAAUCUAUGCAGCAUGUUGCUUAUUUCUCAUUAAAUAUUUACCAUCUCAACCAGCUGACAAUGGGUUAUAUGUUAAUGAGAGAGGCUGCAAAGGUCAGCCCAGA